AUGGCGACCGAAACAAUAACGUUGUAUGAUUCAGAAAAAGAUUUACUCCUAGAUGUAAAGGUAUCACCAGAAGAUGCUAGGCGUGCAGAAAGAGAUAUAUCUUUUGCUACAGAGCUUUUAAAAACUGCUCUACAACAACAGUCAUCAGAAUCUUGCAUAUCUGAAGAUAGUUCUAUGGUCGAUGUUUCCCACCAUGGUUCUAUGAUAGAAGAUCAGGAUGGAGAACAUAUAGCGGACACAACUGAUCCCGAUGAAAGUCUUACUGAAGCAACUGAAGUCUCUCUUUAUAGGUGGAGUCCACCUUGUGUUAUGUUAUUAUUGGAAACAUACAGGAACAUGGAAAACACUUUCAACAAAGGCAAAUUGUCACAUAAAAGACUGUGGAAAAAAAUUUCAGCAGAGUUACUUGCCAAAGGAUAUAAUGUCACGGGACCCCAAUGUGCUUCUGAACUGAGAAGCUUAAAAAAAACUUAUAAGGCAACUAAAUACCAUAAUAAUAAGUCUGGCAAUGAUAGACGUAACUGGCAGUUUUUUGAAAUAAUGGAUUACAUUUUUUCUGGAAAAGCAUGGAGUAAUCCUGUUGCCAUUGCAUCUUCGACGGGUCUCUUUAUUCAAACCAACACUUUGAACAGUUUUGAGGGGUCAGAUAGUGGAUGUUCAACAAACCAAUCAUCCACAUCUAAACAGACCAUUGUAUCAUUAUUUGCGAAAAGAAUGAAACAGAAGGAAGAACAUGAAAAAAACAAGGCUGACCGACAUAAAGAAAAAAUGGAAAUGGAAAAAAAGUGGUUAGAACUGUUACAACACAUGAGUAACAAAUAA